ACCUAGUUGAUCAGACCGUGUUUUGUUACGGUUAAGUCUAAAAUUAGGGAGGCGCCCCAACAGCAAAUUACGCAACAGUCUAAACCUGCUCGUCUGAGUGUGAAUGGUGUCGGGGCUCAGGACCAUGGAGACCACAACUCCGCUGUUGUUGAUGUCAUGGAAGGUAUUUUUAGAUGUUGUUGUCAUGUUUCUGUAACAGCCGUUCAGUAUAAAGGACUCCUUCAAGAUGCAGCUGUACAACAGUGCGCUCACACACUACCCGAGGUCGUCUCACAAAGUUACCAUAACUUUACUGACUGGCUCUGAGCGACUGAACUCCUCUGACGCACCAAAACCAGGAUUUACGCACCAAAGCGCCACUUCUCCAAACACUGAUCCGGUGAGAGACUCUUCCGCAAACAUGCCUGCGUUUUCCUGCUACGAAGCUUCAUCAAUGAGGCCGGUUUACUUCACCUCCACUGCUGAGAUAUCCAUCCGCAGACCUGAUGGAGUGGAGAGGUCUGUGCCAGUCCAUGUCGUGAGGGAAACCAAGACCAAACCUCCCGUGUCUCCAAAUGGUGACAGUUUCCUGUGUGGUGACUCUGAUGUGAUUGAGGACUUGAUAGAUCAUCUGAGGAAUGGCAGGGAUGAGCUUUUCUCUGACUGCAAACAGCUGCUUCGAGAUCAAACACACCACAUCUGCAGAAAAGACAACAAGAGGGAGUUUGGGAAUUCAAGCGAGGAUGACACCGUUUCUCAAUCUCCUGUCAGAAGCAAUGGGUGGUCCUUACAUGAGGAGGAAGUAGUUCCCCUUAGAGAAGAUCGUCGUGCAGACCUCAUCCUGGAUGAUUUUAAGGAUCUGAGCAAUGGCAUGCCAGCAUCCGAUGAGAAACGGGGCUUUGAGCUCAGCGUCCUGCAGGACUCCCCUCCACAGAAGCACCCAGAAACAGGCAACAAAGUGACACGGUACCUGGCCGAAGUGGAGAAACAGAACAAGUAUCUCCAAGGGGAACACAAGUACAGGUACCACAUCAUUCCAGAUGGCAACUGCCUGUACAGGGCGGUGUGCAAAGCCACCUUCGGGGACCAGUCGAGGCACGGGGAGCUCAGGGAGCAGACGGUGCACCACAUCGCCGACCACCUGGAGGAGUUCAACCCCAUCAUCGAGGGAGAUGUCGGGGAGUUCCUCAUCAACGCGGCACAGGAGGGAGCGUGGGCCGGAUACCCCGAACUGCUCGCCAUGAGCCAGAUGCUGGACGUCAACAUGCACCUGACGACAGGGGGGAGUCUGGAGAGCCCCACCGUGUCCACCAUGGUGCACUAUCUCGGGGAGGAGGACGUGUCCAAAGUGUCCAUCUGGCUGAGUUGGCUGAGUAACGGGCACUACGACGUCCUGCUGGAUCAGAGUCUCCAAAACCCAGAGUACGAGGAGUGGUGCAGACUCUCUCAGAUGCAGAGGAAACGAGACGAGGAGCUGGCGAAGUCCAUGGCCGCCUCGCUGUCCAAAAUGUACAUUGAGCAAAAUGGAUGUGCGUGGAAGAGUUAAAGGACAGAUGAUCCUGCUUGGGUUCUACAUGCUUGAAAUUAUUUUUUUAUAAGGUUUAUAUCGGGGGAAAGGAAGUGCAGUGCACAUACUUUGGUUUUGUAUAAUGCCGACUUAUUGGCAGUGGUUUGAAAGUGUGUAUUUAUUGGCCUUUUGUUGGAAGACUGGAUAUUUUUCUAUCGUGUUUGUGCUUCGUAGACAGACAGAUCUAGUUUGCUUUGUGUCUCUAUAGCUACUGUUUAAUACUCUCUUUUGCACAAAAGUCACAUCAGACAAGUCCAGAGGGUUUGAGUUGUGCCUAUUGUUUCUAUUAUUCCAGUUUCUUUUUCUAGGCUUUUGACAAAAUAUCACAAAUAAAGUUUUGAGGAAACCUGA